AUGGCCAAGAAAGACAAGAAGAAAACCGCGGAGAGAAAAGAGCGCAUCGCCGCCAAACAGACCAAAAAGGCCGACAAGAAAGACAAAAAGCACAAGUCCAAAGGCAGAGACGCAGACAGCGAUGCCGAGGACGUUGAUUUGGAUGCUGUCCUGGCAGCCUACGCAGAGGAACAGGCUAAAUUCCUUAAGGUGACCGAAGUGUCAUCGGGGCCUCCAACACCGCGCACAUCGUCGACCAUUGUUGCUUCGCCAGCGAAUCGCAAUGAGCUGCUGGUCUUUGGCGGCGAAUAUUUCGAUGGCACCCUGGCCACAUUCUACAAUAACCUCUACGCCUAUCUGAUCGACCGCUCAGAGUGGCGCGAGGUGACUAGUCCCAACAGUCCUCUGCCGCGCAGUGGACAUGCCUGGUGCCGCGGUGGAAAUGCCGGAGGCGUGUAUCUUUUUGGAGGCGAAUUCUCGUCUCCUAAGCAAGGCACUUUUUAUCACUACAAUGACUUUUGGCAUCUUGAUCCAGCCACUCGAGAAUGGUCUCGCAUCGAGCCAAAGGGCAAAGGUCCGCCAGCCCGAAGCGGGCAUAGAAUGACAUAUUUCAAGAAUUAUAUCAUUGUGUUUGGCGGGUUCCAAGACACUUCCCAACAGACGAAAUACCUUCAAGACCUAUGGAUUUACGAUUGUUCAAAGUAUACAUGGUUCAACCCCGCACUUCCUCCAGCAUCACAGAAACCAGAUGCUCGAUCUUCGUUCUCAUUCCUGCCUCACGAAUCCGGCGCCGUUCUGUACGGCGGAUAUUCUCGUGUAAAGGCUUCAACUGGGUCUGGAGGAGGAGGAGGAGGAGGGAAGCAAGCCAAGGGCGGCGGUCCGCAGCGAGUUGUCCUCAAACCAAUGGUACAUCAAGACACAUGGUUUUUGCGUAUCACGCCCCCUGACGCAGAUGCCCCUGCAUCUGCAGGCCCAUCCGUGCGCUGGGAACGACGAAAGAAACCCGCCAAUGCACCAAAUCCCCCGCGCGCUGGCGUGACGAUGGCUUACCACAAAGGCCGAGGUAUCAUGUUUGGCGGCGUGCACGACGUGGAGAUGAGCGAAGAAGGCAUUGAUAGCGAAUUCUUCGACUCGAUGUUUGCAUGGAAUUUGGAGAGGAAUCGGUUUUUCCCUCUAACGCUACGUCGGCCUAAAGCCCAGGGCAAGAAGCAACAGAAUCAGGCCAUUAAAUCGCGGGACCGCAGCAAAGCUGACGAAGAAGAGUUACUGCGGAAUCUUGCUGCUCUUGAAGCAAAAAGAGGCAUUCGCGCGAAUGAUGAAGAUGACAUGGACAUUGAUACCCCCAAGCGGGAAGAAGAGAAACUGGAGGAGGAACCAGUUAAGCCGGCGAUUGUUAGAUUUGAAAUGCCACACCCUCGCUUCAAUGCUCAAUUGACCGUUCAGGAUGAUACACUCUUCGUCUUUGGAGGGACGUUUGAAAGGGGAGACCAGGAAUUCAUUUUUAAUGACAUGUAUUCCAUGGAUUUGGUGAAACUAGAUGGCGUGAAGGAGAUAUUCUACAACGAACCUGCCAACUGGAACACACAGCUUGAAGCAAGUGAAGACGAAGAGGAUGACGAAGAUGACGAUGAAGAUAUGGAAGAUGAAGACGAGGCUGGUGAGGCAAUGUCGGUGGACACGCCAUCAGAAGUACCAACGGAAAUCACAGUCCCUUCAGUGACUCGCGAUAUGCAACAACUAGAAGUCGAAGAGGCAGAACCAGAACCAGAAGCCAAAGAUGAUCGGCCUCAACCGCGACCCUUUGAGAAUCUUCGCGACUUCUUUGCCCGUACUACUACUGAGUGGCAGAAUUAUUUGAUGGAGAAAUUGAAGCAACGUGGGAACACAAUAGAAAAAUCAGUCAAGGAGCUUCGUAAAGAGGCGUUUGAUCUCGCGGAAGAGAAAUGGUGGGAUAGUCGUGAGGAGAUUAUGGCCCUUGAGGAUGAACAAGAAGCUGCCGGUAUUGGUGAGGUUGUCAGUAUGACCGACAGAGGAGAAGGUGGAGGAGCUGGCCGACGAAGGUAG